AUGAUGACAGCCGUCUUGAAUCCUUUUCCCGAUUACACCAAGGCACAAAUUAGGGCGAGCCGCGCACAUGCACUUCUCACACACACUAAUGAAUUUAAUGUAUGUCGAAAAGGUGACAGUUUUGCCUUGGAGCGAAACUUUCAGAAUCAUCGACCGGCGCCUGUAAUAGCAACGGAACCGGGGCGAAGGCGGUGGAAGCUACCAGAGAGCGAGAGCCUCGUGUGGAAUAUUGUACGUUCGAUUGCGCUAGCAGUGCGCGCGUUUCAGUUGGCGCACGGCGACUGGCGCAGGCGAGGCGUGCGGUGCGACGAAGCGGGCGGGCGAGCGAUUUCACCGGGCUGA